AUGUCUCGGAAUCGCUCUCUGCUACGUAAUGUCUCCUUUUAUGAUGCUACAAACCCCGAAGAGGCUCUUGGAGGGCUGGCCCAGAAUGGGUCUAUAACUGAGGCGAAUUUUCUUGACAUCCUCGGAAUCUUACUUGUUGUUGACGGGAGCCCUCUGCUUGUUCAGAGGAGGAUAUCGAGCCAUAUCGUAUCCAGAACGGACAUGCCUCUGGAAACAGGGGUGUACGAUAUUUAUUGCAACGGCAUGUGCUAUAUUUCCCUUUAUGAGGCGGCCCAAUUGCUAAUUUUGCCAGCUGCUAUCCACGUCAGCGAUCAGCCUUGGAUACACCGUUUGGUUUCUCGUUACAGACCUUCUGGGGGAGAUACGUUCCGUCACUGGCACGAAAUCAGUAAUCGCCACCGCAGAUGCGUUGUUUCAGGAAUUGUAAAUCCUGAAAUCUGUAUCCAGGCCCACGACUGGACUGGCUUCGAGGCUGCCCAUAUCUUCCCUCUUGAGUGUGAGAACCAUUGGACCCAGCAUGGCUAUGGACGGUGGAUCACAGAUAUUGAUGAUGCCGCCGGAUCUUCAAAGAUCAACUCACCUCAAAACAGCUUUCUUCUCCGAACUGAUAUCCAUCAAAUGUUCAAACAGUACCUCUGGUCCGUUAACCCAGACGACGGCUACAAGGUGGUUGUAUUUACAAUCGACCGUUUUGGGCUUGAUAGCAGGGUUCUGGAUCCCGUGUGUCGAUCCCCGGCCGAUCCCCACCGUGUCCCCGACGAACUCCUUCGAUGGCAUUACCACCAAUCAGUUCUCACCAAUGUGAGAGGAGCAGGAGAACCGCUCUUCGAGCAUGACUUCUCGCCUGGAACUGAUGUGGUGGCUGAAAUCCUCGCUGGUCCGCAUGUACAAGAGAGAUUUGAGCUGGAGAUUGCGGCUAGGUUAAGA